AAGAAAGUUUCCAGUUUGCCAAACCCUAACGGCAACAGAAACGAACCCCAAACACCAUUCACGUACAGAAGGAACAGACUGAAACAUACCGAAGACAAGAAACCUAAUUAUCCUCAAAAUUCUCAAUCCUUAUCCACCAAUGCUCCGAAGAAAGGCCUCCAUUAGCGCUUGAAUUUCCCUGUUUUGAGCUUGGACUUAUGUCUCUCCCCGGUGACCGCCGGGAAGGGCCCUCUCCGGUCUCCUGCGGUGGAAAUGAGGUUUUACCGGCUGAUUCGAGCCGGUCAAUGACGGUGGCUCAGAUGGUGGCGUCGAGCCAGAGGCUCAGGUUGAACCCGAACAAGGACCACAAGCCUGACAGCUACGAGGACCUGCAAGUGGAUUUUAGCCCCUCGAUUUUCAGUUCCUUGGAGAGGUAUCUGCCUCCGAGCAUGCUGGGCGUGCCCCGAGACGACAAGGUCAAGUUCAUGAGGGAGAUUCUGGUUAAGUACUUGCCCCAUGGAGAGCGCAACAGAGUUCAAAAACAUAGGGACUACAGGAAGAAGAUAAUAUCAAAUUAUCAGCCUCUACAUAAAGAACUGUACACCCUACACCCUACAACGUUCUUUCUUCCAUCAUUUCUGAAAGCUAUAAGUGAUAAUACGGAGGAGAGCUUUAGAAGUAUGAUGUCCGAACCCUCACCUGGUGUGUUUACAUUUGAAAUGCUUCAACCACGCUUCUGUGAACUAUUGUUAGCCGAGGUGGAGAAUUUCGAAAAGUGGGUUAAUGAAACGAAAUUCCGAAUCAUGCGACCAAAUACAAUGAAUAAAUAUGGAGCUGUUCUAGAUGAUUUUGGUCUUGAAACCAUGCUUGACAAGCUUAUGGAGGGUUUUAUUCGUCCCAUGUCUAAAGUGUUCUUUCCUGAAGUUGGUGGAUCAACUCUGGAUUCUCAUCAUGGGUUUGUUGUUGAAUAUGGUAAAGAUAGGGAUGUUGACUUGGGUUUUCAUGUAGAUGACUCAGAAGUAACUUUGAAUGUGUGCUUGGGUAAGCAAUUUUCUGGAGGAGAAUUGUUUUUUCGGGGCACGCGAUGUGAUAAACAUGUAAAUACAGGAAGUCAGUCAGAGGAGAUCUUUGAUUAUUCCCAUGUCCCGGGCCGAGCUGUACUUCAUCGUGGUCGUCACCGCCAUGGUGCUAGGGCCACAACAUCUGGUCAUCGUAUUAACCUGCUCCUGUGGUGCAGAAGUUCGGUGUUUAGAGAGAUGAAGAAGUAUCAAAAAGAUUUCUCCAGCUGGUGUGGGGAAUGCUUUCGUGAAAAGAAAGAGCGGCAACGCUUGUCAAUUGCUGCUACCAAAUCGGAGUUGUUGAGGAAGGAAGGCGAAUCCACAGCAUGAGUUGCUUCAGUUGUAAUCCACAGCAUGAGUUGCUGGUCGAUUGUAUCAUUUUGUAGCUCUAAUUAUAGUUUAGAAACCAUUGCAUUCAUGUUGGUGAAAUUUGCAUUCAGUUCUCUUUUUUGUUUUAUCUGUACUUCAGUAUGGGUUUAUGUACAAAGUAUGUGAAAGAAAUGAAAUUUCUGUGUAGGGGCAUGAAAAGAUAUUUAUGUAAAAAAAAAAAAAAAAAAAAAAGCGCAAGGGUUUAUUUAAAUCCCUUGAAGUCCAAAGAUUGUUUUAUUUUUGUUUCCUGAGCAAGUUGCAUUGAAAAUAAAAUGGAAUCAUAGAAUGUGAGUACAUUGUUUACAAUCCGGAAAUGGGUGAUCUUUUCUACUGCAAAAAUCAAGUGAACAUGGGAGUACCUCUGUAUCUGGGUGAGGGGAAUGCUUCCAUGCAGGUUGUUUGAAGCUUCCCAUUCCACAACCCAAUGCAUUGAUUUUGGAAUUGAUGAAUUUUUGAGUCGUCCAACUUUCAAUGGCUUGCAACAAGAAGUUGGUAUCUCUUUGUAUGGAUUCAAUUGUCCAGGUUCCAGACGUCUGCAAGGUGGGACUGAGAAUUUGCCCUUUUUCACUUUGGACUGCAAUGUGUGCGGUCAAUGGGUUCACCAUGGUUUGGGCUGUUCAUAAAACUGGCCUUUGGAGAGCCUUAUCAGAUCUACAUGUAGCAGCUGCUGUGCUACCUGUUCUUGACACUGCUACAUCUACAUCAAAAGACAGAACAACAAUCUUUUGGGGGAGGAAUCCAGCUAUCCAGCUAAGGUAUUGUGAUUGGGUUUUAACCUCCCAUGCAUUGCAAUGUUAUUGGAAAACAUCGAGGACUUUGGAAACUAAAAGAUUUGGUUGUGGGAUGGUGGAAUUAUGGAUUGCUUGGUUUAUUAGAAACCAUAGGUUGUCCAUUGCUGGCACUGCAAGCAGAUGGAAAUGGCCUGUAUCAUUGUCAGGGAGUCCAAGAUCUGUGGAUGGAUUUCGAACCAAUGAUUUUCUUGUGCUGCAAAGAUUGUCUCCAUAUUAUGUCCAAGAUUGUUUUAGAUGAAUCAAGGGUUCUUUCAAACCACUAUAUUGUCAAUAUUAAUAGUACUUACAGUAAUAUUUGUCUCUCCUUGAUUCAUGUUUUGAUUAAA